GUGAGCGGCGGAGCGGUGCGCGCCUCGGUCGGUUUUUACGCGCAAAGCAGAGAGAAGUGACCAGGCGAGGCACUUUACGGGGAAUGCAAGACUGGAAAAUGGAAAUUACAAAACGGUGUUGGAAUAAAGUGAAAACUACAAUGCCUUGAUUAUCUGCUGCAUCUCUUGGACAGAGAGACGGUUAGAAAACGCCCAAUACAAGAGACUGGGAAGGCUGCUGAAAACUGUCUGUCUUGACUGCAGCUUUUUGUCACUGCCCCAGCUGCAGACACCUGCUCUCAUCCACGUCCCAGGGAUGGCCCUGAACUCUGCUGUGAAGCUUUGUCCCUGCACAAACAUCUCGCCAAUUAACAGGAGGUUAUGAUGGUGAGGAUGAAUUCUGAGCUCCAGGCACUGCAGAGGUGUGAAGAUGGAGUCCUGACCUCAGGUGGUUCUUCCACCUCAUAAUUCUCACCCUAUUCACUGUCGUCUCUUUCUGUUGGUGUGGGAGUAAAGACGUGGAGACUGUGAUUAGCGGGCUGAGCCCGUGAGUGAACCUAUGGCAGAGAGACAGCACAGUGCAGGUUCCUAUGUAUGACUCUACCAUGGACCACAUCAUCUGCUGCCUGUUGGUCCUGGGAGCCACAGUGAUGAUCACCCAUGCAUGCCCCAAGUACUGUGUAUGCCAGAAUCUGUCAGAGUCCCUGGGAACACUGUGUCCCUCCAAAGGCCUUCUAUUCGUGCCUCCGGACAUUGACCGCAGCACGGUGGAGCUGCGACUGGGAGGCAACUACAUCCUCCGUAUCACACAGCAGGACUUUGCUAAUAUGACUGACUUAGUAGACCUGACCCUCUCCAGGAACACCAUUAGCUACAUCCAGCCCUUCUCCUUUGGUGACCUGGAAACGCUGCGCUCACUUCAUCUGGACAACAACCGCUUGAUGGAGCUUGGCCCUGAUGACUUGCGAGGUUUGGUAAACCUGCAGCACCUCAUUGUCAACAAUAACCAACUAGGACGCAUUCAUGACAAGGCAUUUGAGGACCUUGCACCUGCCUUGGAGGAUCUGGACCUCUCUUACAACAACUUGAUGUCUCUGCCCUGGGACUCAGUCCGCCAGAUGAUCAACCUGCACCAGCUCAGUCUGGACCACAACUUGUUGGACUUCAUUCCAGAGGGCACCUUCACAGACCUGGAAAGGCUGGCGAGACUGGACCUGACAUCUAACCGACUGCAGAAGCUACCCCCAGACCCCAUCUUUGCCCGCGCCCAGGACUCGAUGAUCUUGACCACACCCUACGCUCCCCAGCUGUCCUUGAGCCUGGGUGGGAACCCACUGCACUGCAACUGUGAGAUGUUGUGGCUGCGGAGACUUGAAAGAGACGACGACCUGGAGACUUGUGCCUCCCCUCCUGCACUUAAGGGUCGUUACUUUUGGAAAAUAAAGGAGGAGGAGUUUGUGUGUCAGCCACCUCUCAUUACCCAACACACCCACAGAAUGCUGGUCUUGGAGGGCCAGACAGCCAGCCUAAGGUGCGAAGCUACUGGAGAUCCUUCCCCCACCAUCCACUGGAUCUCCCCUGAUGAUCGGCUGCUUGGCAACUCCUCUCGCACCGCAGUGUUCAGCAAUGGAACCCUGAGCAUCACUAUUACCACCUCCAAGGACUACGGCACCUUCACCUGCAUUGCCGCUAAUGUUGCCGGGGAGUCCACUGCCUCAGUGGAGGUGUCCAUAGUCCAGCUCCCCCACCUUAGCAACGGUACCGGGCAGCCAGCACAGCCAAAGUCCCGUCUCUCUGACAUCACAGGCACCACCAGGAUCAGCAAGGGGGCUCCCAAGAGCCAACCAGAGAAGGCUGUAUCUGUCUCUGAGGUAACAGCUGUGUCAGCGCUGGUCAAGUGGAUGGUGAGCAAGUCAGCACCCAAGGUGAAGAUGUACCAGCUCCAGUACAACUGCUCUGACGAUGAGGUUCUGAUCUACAGGAUGAUCCCGGCCUCCAGCAAAGCUUUCUUGGUGACAAAUCUGGUGUCCGGGACCCGCUACGAUCUGUGUGUGCUGGCCGCCUGGGACGACACAGCCACCACGCUCACGGCCACCAAUGUUGUGGGCUGCACGCAUUUCUUCACGCAGGACGACUACCCUCAGUGCCAGUCUCUGCCCAGCCAGCUGCUGGGAGGCACCAUGAUCCUGGUGGUGGGAGGCAUCAUCGUGGCCACCCUGCUCGUGUUCAUCGUCAUCCUCAUGGUGCGCUACAAAGCUGCUGAUGCAGAACCUCCAGUGGGGAAGCUGACCAGCGUCAGCGACACACACUCUCAGACUAACGGGGGUCGGCUCGGGCAAAAUGGACUUCUCAUGCCCCAGUCUCAACCUCAACCGCAGCCGGAGCCCAAGGUCAAGGCCAAAGUGACACUGCAGGACGAGGUGGUGGAGUUCAAGUGUGGCUCCCUCCAGAGCAGCCUCACCUCUUCUUCCUCUUCCUCAGCCUCCAUGGAUGGGGGCUCAUACAGCCCCAACAGCACACUUGCCAACAUUUGGAGGUCAGCUCCCUCCAAGCCCCGGUCCAACCUGGACCACCUCCUCGGGGCCUUCACCUCGCUGGAGCUGCGGGGGGCACAGGGCCGAGAUGCAGGAGCCUCCAGCAGUGCUGCCAUGACAGCAGUGAAGCCUCACACAGAUAGGGAGCCGCUGCUGGGCCGGACGCUGGAUUCCAGCCUCAGCCGGCUCCUCAUGCUACCUCUGGACACCAAGCCAAAGAGGAGCCAGUCCUUUGACAUGGGAGACGUAACAGGCGCUGGCGCCGCUCAGCUGUGCAACAAACCGCGUAGGAUCAGCAGUAUCUGGACUAAGAGGAGCCUGUCUGUAAAUGGUAUGUUGCUGCAGUGCGAGGAGGAGGGGGACACUGGGGGGAGCAAGGGCACAAUAGACAGCGCUGACUGGGUGAUGGAGAGUACUGUCUAGGAAAAAUGGAGGACUGUCACGCUGUCAAACACUGCCUGAAUGGACAGCGAACAGCCAUACCAAGACAGACCUGCUGGUCUAAC